CGGCCAGUUCGUAGGGGCCACGGAACCCCAGCCGGACGUCGGGGACAUGAACAAACCCAAAGCUACUUUGCUGGCAGAGGGGUACUCCGAGGCGCAGAUCCACCGCAGCCUCCAAGCUUUCCACUUUCUGUCCUCGGCCCUGGUGAGGGAGCCAGACAAGGCCGUCUUCGGGAGAUGUGUGACGCCGAAGCAGGCGUUGGAUGAACUCGACAAGGUGCACAACCCGGAAUCGCAGGUAGCAACACAGGAGUUGCUCAGCAAGUUUCAGAACUUCGCAAUGCCGGCCGACAAAACCCGACUGAAUCGCUUAUCGCCAUGGACCAACUCGCAAGUCGUCUGAACGAGAGAGGGGUCAGGGGCGAGGCUUCUUACGUGCUGUCGCUCUUCCUUUCGGCCCUACCGGCCGAGUACGACCAUGCCAAACUGACUCUGCAGUCCGCACCGACUCUGGACCGGGGAGAGGUCAUCAGAGUGGUGGGCUCCCAGCACUCCAGCAUCAAGCAGGGGAAGAGCCAUCGGAACAGCAACCGCAACAAUCACAAGGCGUCUGAGCAGGGAUUACUCGUGAGCGCCGACAAUGGCAGCGGCGGAAAAGCUGGUCGCAACCGCGGCCGCGGGGGACGCGGCGGUGGCGGAAACGGCGAAAAUGGCGGCAGCGGCAACGGCAACGGCAACGGCGGUGGAGACGGCAGCAGCUACGGCGGCCGUCGUAGGGGCCGGUGCUACCGGUGCAAGAGGCGAGGGCACCAGUCGUUCUCGUGCACUACCCCCAUCGCCGACUUCAUGACCCAGUGCGAGAACUGCGACGGGUAUGGACACGAUAAGAGCAAGUGCCCGUCGGCGAAGGACGAGGAGGAGGCGAAGGGCGAGACGGCGGUCAUGGCGGUUGCGGUGGCGAGCGAUGACGAGGAGCUGGAUGUGGCACGUGAGGCCUUGUAAGAAGAGGCGGGGGAAAGACACAAUAUCCGCGCUGGUCACUACGCGCGCACCAUCCACACACAGC